AUUGCCACAAAAGCAAACGGGAAGAAGAAGAUAAAAUGGGAAAACAGGCGUAUAGCCCUAAGGAGGAAGGGAAACAGAAAAACUGGGAUUUUGAAGAAAGGUCAAGACCUCAAGGGGAAGGAAAAGGAAUGGCAGAAAGUUACAAGAAAAGGGGGUCCCAAAGUAACCGUGGAGGAGGGUCACCAAGUUCCUAAUAGUUUAUUGUAUCCUAAUGGCUUAAGUGAAGGAGUUAUUGCGGCUAAUAAAUUCAAUGUGCUAAACGGGGAUCACUCGGGCAAGGAUGUAGGAGAGGAGGAAAAUGCUGAAAUGGAGAAUCAUAACGGAAGUCCAUCACGGAGCUUUGAGGGCAUGAAGGUCUACGAGGUUAUCGACACUCCCUCUCAAACUCAGGGGACAGGGCCUGAUGAGGUGCAGCAAACGGGGAGCUGGGAAAGAAAGCUUAAGAAGCAGAUUAAAGAAAUUGAUUGUGAUGAACAAGAAGACCAUAGACUUGAUGAUGAGUUAUUUGGGGUCAUUCCUAAGCUUGUUGGACUAGGGGAUAAUGAGAAAUUGACUAUGGCUGCUACCUCCCUAGAAUUGAAACAGGCUUAUGGCGUUAGACCGCAGGCAAUGGAAGGCAUGACGGGUAUGGAUUUAUUGAGGACUUUAAAGGUGGAUAUGAGGCAUAAGCUAAGACCAAAGAUCAUUUGGGUCGACUGGUCCCCUCCUCCUUCUGGUUGUUUAAAGCUAAAUGUGGAUGGGGUAUCGAAAGCUGCCUUUUCUGCUCUUCCUUUUGCAGCUGCUUUUCAUGCGUCUGUUCACCUGAUUACAGCUGGGCUUCCAGCUGCUGGAUUUUCAGCUGCUGUUCAGCUGGUAUUAAUGUCACUUUUGUGCCUUCUGCUGCUCUCUAUGAAGGUGUCUGUUGCAGCUGUGGGUUUUGGUUUGUUGGGCACUGUUUACGUGCUUUGUUUGGUUGCUGCUGCUGAUGGGGCAUCUACGGAUGGACUGUUUUUGCGCCAUCACAUGGUCCAGUCUCUGCUCACCAGUUCUGUGCAGCUGGUUUCAGUUCUGGUUGAACGCUGCAGGGGUUCUGGUUCUAGCUUGAUGCUGCACUGGUUUAAAGCCAACUACGACUUUUCCUUUGCUAUUAAAGCUUUGUCUCUUUGCUUCUUAAUCUAUGAUGAUAAUGCUCUAAAUGCCCAUGCCGUGUGUUUGGAAGUCUGUUCAGCUCUUAGGCUGCAAGCUCAUGGUAUUAAACCCAAAGCAACCGAAGGAAUCAUGGGCACGGAGUUUUUGAAGGCUUUAGAGGUUGAGGUGAGGUAUGAGCUGAAACCGAAGAUUGUUUGGGUCAACUGGUCUCCUCCUAUUCCUGGUUACUUAAAACUAAAUGUAGAUGGGGCAUCAAAGGGCAAUCCAGAAUGGGGCAAAAGCUUCAACAACGUUGCAAGAUGUCACAAAGAACUCUUGUAUGCCUCCUACAAACCCGAAUCUACAAUCUACAACAGAUAUUGCAAAAAUCCUUCCACAAUCGGUGCAAUUGUCCGAGUUAGGCAGAUGGUGCAAAUGCUUCAGGAUCGCAACAGAAAAGUCUAUGAAGAUAUCUCACUUUCGGCCCAUGCUGUUUUUCUUGAUAUUUGCUCCUCUUUGCGUCUUCGGGCUUAUGGUACUCGUCCCGAGGCAAAGGAAGGCAUGAUGGGGAUGGAUCUUUUGAGGGCCUUAAAGGUGGAGAUGAGGCAGGAACUGGAACCAAAAAAUAUUUGGAUUAACUGGUCCCCUCCUCCCUCCGGUUUUUUAAAGCUAAAUGUGGAUGGGGCAUCGAAAGGAAAUCCUGGAAGAGCUGGGGCUGGAGCUGUGCUGGAUUUUGUGCUGAUUUCAGCUGGGGAUCGUGGCUCAUUUUGUUGCUACAGCUGGUUUUAUCAGACUUUAUCUUUGGUAAACAUUGAAGGCUUUCCACGGUUCUGCUCAGAGGGUUUUCAGCUGGAUUUCCAGCUGCUUUCUUGUCGCUGCUGCUGGCCACCUCUGGUAUCUUUUUCUUCAGCUGGUUUUGCUGAUUUUCUCAUGGUCUCUCAGCGGUUCUUUCAUCUGCUUGACGCUGGCUAUUGGUCUGCUGCUGUGGGUUUCUCUGUUGCUGCUUCCUUCGGCAGUCAGCUGGGGAUUUGUUCUCAGCGGGCUCUCAGUUGCUGUGUUGGUUCUGGGCUUAUGUUCAUUCCUCAUGGUUUUCAUCAUCUCGCAGUUGCUGUCUCUUGGGUUUCCAGCUUUCCUCCAGCUGAAUUUUCUGGAUCUUCAGCUGGACUCUCAGCUGGCUUUUGCUGGCCUUCAU